UAAAUAAAAAUUAAAAAUGGAAAAGGAAAAGGAAAAAGAAAAAGAAGAGAGCGUUUUGGGAUUUCAAUCUCCAAUUCCAGCUCAAGUCUCUGCGUAAUUGAAACCCCUCAACCCUUUUUCCUUUUCCGAUCAAUUCCCCAAUUUCGCCGAUAGAUUUCAAACCUUUCCGUCUCCUCCGACUUGUUUAUUACAAAUUUCUCAUUGUAUCACUCCUCUCCGUUUUCCGAGAUUUGAAAAGGAGAGAGAGAGCGCGAUCCAACGAAGCUUUGAAUUCCGGUCCCUCGGUGAUUACAGAGCAGGGAUUGCUUUUGUAAAAUAGAGAAGCUUCGUUUUGGGAGAGUGAGAAACAGAGAAAGAGAGAGAUGGGCUCGGGUUCGAAACUGGAAGGCACAUCAGCUUUGCCUAUACGGCGAGACCCCUACGAAGUCUUGUGCGUUUCUAGGGAUUCAUCUGAUCAGGAAAUCAAAACCGCCUACCGGAAACUCGCUCUCAAGUAUCAUCCAGACAAGAAUACGAACAAUCCGGAAGCGGCAGAACAGUUCAAGGAGGUUGCGUUUUCGUAUGGCAUUUUAUCUGACCCGGAGAAGAGGAGGCAGUAUGACAAUGCUGGAUUUGAGGCUAUUGAUGCUGAGGGCAUGGACAUGGAAAUUGACUUGUCAAAUCUUGGAACUGUCAAUACAAUGUUUGCAGCUCUAUUCAGCAAGUUGGGUGUCCCUAUCAAGACUACAAUUUCAGCUAAUGUGCUUGAAGAAGCUCUAAAUGGUACUGUUACAGUUAGACCUCUCCCAAUUGGAACAUCAGUUAGUGGAAAGGUGGAGAAACAAUGUGCCCACUUUUUUGGUGUAACAAUCAAUGAGCAACAAGCCGACGCAGGGAUUGUAGUAAGAGUUACUUCAACUGCACAAAGCAAAUUUAAGUUACUUUAUUUUGAGCAAGAUGCCAAUGCUGGCUAUGGUUUGGCCUUACAGGAAGAUAGUGAAAAAACCGGCAAAAUAACAUCUGCAGGAAUGUAUUUUCUGCAUUUUCAAGUAUACAGAAUGGAUUCAACUUUGAAUGCGUUGGCUAUGGCAAAGGAUCCUGAAGCUGCUUUUUUUAAGAGGUUGGAAGGUCUUCAACCCUGCGAGGUCUCAGAGCUAAAAGCUGGCACACAUAUAUUCGCUGUUUAUGGAGAUAAUUUUUUCAAGACUGCUACGUAUACAAUUGAGGCACUUUGUGUGGGGUCAUAUGAGGAUACGACACACAAGCUUAGAGAGAUUGAGGCUCAAAUAUUAAGAAAGAGAAAUGAGCUUCGCCAAUUUGAGACCGAGUACAGGAAGGCAUUGGCACGCUUUCAAGAAGUGACAAAUAGAUACACCCAGGAAAAGCAAUCUGUAGAUGAGCUGCUGAAACAACGAGACAGUAUUCAUUCAUCUUUCACUGUCACCAGGACAGCCAACAAUGCUGUGGGUAGUAGUGGUGUAAGCAAUGGAAGUAGUAGUAGCAAAACUCUUGGCGAAGAUUCAAAGGCAGAGAGCCCAAUGGAGGAUGGAGGCUCAGAUGGGAAGGAUAAGUCAGCUAAAAAGAAAUGGUUCAAUCUUAACCUCAAAGGAUCGGCAUCAGAUAAAAAGCUUUGAUUAGGGGUCUGGAUAAUCUUUUUUUUUUUUUCCUCAUUAUUUGAGACUUUUAAUAUAUCCAAUUUAUGCAAAUGCUUGCGCCUACUCGCACAGAGGCCUCUUGUAUUUCUUUGAAUUUUUUCUCUUAUAGGUUACCCGCUGUAUGUUUUUAUAUGCUUCCGUAAAACAUGGCCAUUAGAAAAUGCAUCUGUAUAAAUAUCAUGACACUCAUGUUUGUCAGAGUUAUCCUUCAUUUUCUUGUAGCAAUACAAACAAAUUUAGUUUUGAA